CUAAACAGAGUCAAAGCAACCACCAAAUUUCCUUACAGAAAAACCCCGCCAAUUACGCAGCUGUCUGUGCCACCACUUUUCCUUUUCUCUAAAACCCUACUUCACAAUCACAUUCACACGCAUACCCAUUAUCAUUUAAUCCCACAAAUCCUCACACAAACCAAAGUCACAUCAAGAGAACACAUUGCAAUGGGUAAGGCUCAACAGGGAGAAGGAGGUGAAGAGUAUUUGUUUAAAAUAGUACUAAUAGGUGAUUCUGCAGUAGGGAAAUCUAAUUUACUAUCAAGAUUUGCUAGAAAUGAGUUUGACAGCAAUUCUAAGGCCACAAUUGGUGUAGAAUUUCAGACCCAAGUGGUAGAUAUUGAUGGUAAAGAAAUUAAAGCACAGAUCUGGGAUACUGCUGGUCAAGAAAGAUUUAGGGCUGUUACUUCUGCCUACUAUAGAGGUGCUGUUGGGGCCUUAAUUGUUUAUGAUAUUACUAGAAGAACAAGCUUUGAUAGUGUCAAAAGAUGGCUUGAGGAGCUUAGUACUCAUUGUGAUACUGCAGUGGCAAGAAUGCUCGUAGGGAACAAGUGUGAUCUGGAGAAUAUUAGAGAAGUGAGCGUAGAGGAAGGCAAAAGCCUUGCAGAAGAAGAAAGUUUGUUCUUCAUGGAAACAUCAGCCCUUGAUUCUACUAAUGUUCAGACUGCUUUUGAAGUCGUAAUCCGCGAGAUCUAUAAAAAUGUGAGCCGGAAAAUUCUCAACUCUGAUUCAUACAAGGCCGAGUUGACUGUCAAUCGAGUCAGUCUCGUUAAAGAUGGAGCUAAGCAAAGUAGUUUUUCAUGCUGCUCUACAUGAUCUCUGUUCUUUCAAUCUUGUCCACCUUCUUGUUGUCGAUAAUUGGUGCUGAUCAUUUGAGUAUUUUCAAUUUCGAUUUAAAUAUACGAUAGAAGUUAUACAUUGACCUCUUUGGAAUUGUGUUAUCUUCAUUUUUGAUUUGUGGGGGUUAAGAAUUGGCAAUAUUAUCUUCAAACCUUUUUAUGUAAAGAGGGGAUUCGAACAUCAAAGUAGAUAAACAUCCCUUGUUCUUGAAAA